AUGGCCCCACGCCCCGACGAGAGCCAGAACCUGGCGCUUGAGCUCCAGGAUGGCUACGUCUGCUUCGGACAGAGCUUUGGUGCUGAGAAGAGCAUUGCGGGUGAAUUGGUCUUCCAGACUGGUAUGGUGGGUUAUCCCGAGUCGAUAACUGACCCCUCGUACCGCGGCCAAAUCCUGGUCAUCACAUUCCCUUUGGUGGGCAACUAUGGUGUGCCCUCGCGCGAAGACAUUGAUGCGCUCGCCCAGGACAUUCCUGCGCACUUUGAGGCCAAGGAGAUCCACAUUGCUGGUCUCGUAGUGGCCACCUACGCCGAAGAGGAGUUCUCGCACUACAUGGCCUCCUCUUCGCUGGGCGCAUGGCUCAAGGAGCAGGGCGUGCCUGCCAUUACUGGCGUUGAUACCCGAGCUCUCACAAAGCGCAUCCGCGAAGAAGGAAGCAUGCUUGCUCGCUUGAGACAGCGAACAGGCCCCGUUUCCUCGUCCACCGCUCUCACCAACGGCGCGGUUGACACGUCGGCGCUGGCUGGCGGUGAGGUCGAGGACUGGAGCAGCAGCUUCGAGCAGAUCGAAUGGGUAGACCCCAACACGAAGAACCUGGUCGCUGAAGUCUCUAUCAAGGAACCCAGGCUCUUCACUCCCGACCCUUCCACGGCUCUGAAGCACCCCUCCGGCCGUCCCGUGCGUGUAGUGACUGUUGAUGUCGGUCUCAAAUACAACCAGCUGAGAUGUCUGGUACGCCGGGGAGUCGAAGUCCUGCAAGUUCCGUGGGACUACGACUUCCCUCGACUCGCGGGCAAGGACUACGACGGUCUUUUCAUCUCCAACGGCCCUGGUGACCCGGCGAAGAUGGAAGCCACGGUGAAGCACAUCAAAUCGGCCAUGGAUGAGGCACGAACACCCAUCUUUGGUAUCUGUCUCGGACACCAGUUGCUCGCAAGAGCUUCCGGCGCCAGCACACUCAAGAUGAAGUUUGGUAAUCGCGGCCACAACAUUCCUUGCACAAGCAUGAUCACCGGAAAGUGCCACAUCACAUCGCAGAACCACGGUUACGCUGUGGACUCCAAGACUCUGCCUAACGGUUGGGAGGAGCUGUUCGUCAACGCCAAUGAUGGCAGUAACGAGGGUAUCCGCCAUGUCCAGCAACCUUACUUCAGUGUGCAAUUUCACCCCGAGCACACGCCCGGUCCUCGCGACACCGAAUACCUCUUCGAUGUCUUCAUCAGCACAAUCCAGAAGUCGAUCGCUUCUUCUGAGGUCAUGUCUCAGCCCGUAGAGUUCCCCGGUGGCACAAUCGAGGAGAACAAGAAGUUGACACCCCGCGUCGAUGUCAAGAAGGUCCUCGUCCUUGGCAGUGGUGGUCUUAGCAUUGGACAGGCCGGAGAGUUUGAUUAUUCUGGAAGUCAGUGCAUCAAGGCUUUGAAGGAAGAGGGCAUCUACACGAUCCUCAUCAACCCCAACAUUGCUACUAUUCAAACUUCCAAGGGCCUUGCCGACAAGGUCUACUUCCUCCCAGUCAACGCCGACUUCGUCCGCAAGGUCAUCCAGAAGGAGCGUCCUGACGGCAUCUACGUUACAUUUGGUGGCCAGACCGCCCUCUCAGUCGGCAUUCAGCUGAAAGAUGAGUUUGAGGGUCUUGGUGUCAAGGUUCUCGGAACUCCCAUCGACACCAUCAUCACCACUGAAGACCGAGAGCUGUUCGCUCGUGCUAUGGACUCGAUCGGCGAGAAGUGCGCCAAGUCUGCCUCUGCAAACAGCACCGAGGAGGCCAUGCGCGUCGUCAAGGACAUCGGUUUUCCUGUCAUUGUCCGGGCUGCCUACGCUCUCGGUGGACUGGGCAGUGGCUUCGCUGACAAUGACGAUGAGCUCCUCGAACUGUGCAACAAGGCCUUUGCCGCCAGUCCUCAAGUGCUCAUCGAGCGCAGUAUGAAGGGCUGGAAGGAGAUCGAGUAUGAAGUCGUCCGUGAUUGCCGCGACAACUGCAUCACCGUUUGUAACAUGGAGAACUUCGACCCUCUCGGUAUUCACACUGGAGACUCCAUCGUCGUUGCGCCAUCUCAGACCCUGUCCGAUGAGGAUUACAACAUGCUGCGAACCACAGCUGUCAACGUCAUUCGUCACCUGGGUGUUGUCGGAGAAUGCAACAUACAGUACGCGCUGAACCCCUUCUCCCGCGAGUACUGCAUCAUCGAAGUCAACGCCCGUCUGUCGCGUUCUUCUGCGCUCGCCUCGAAGGCAACUGGAUACCCUCUUGCCUUUGUCGCCGCCAAGCUGGGUCUUAACAUCCCCUUGAACGAGGUUCAGAACUCGGUCACGCGCUCCACCUGCGCCUGCUUUGAGCCCUCCCUGGACUAUGUCGUUGUCAAGAUUCCUCGCUGGGACUUGAAGAAGUUUACCCGUGUCUCCACACUCCUCGGCUCUUCCAUGAAGAGUGUUGGUGAAGUCAUGAGUAUCGGUCGAACGUUCGAAGAAGCUAUCCAGAAGGCCAUUCGCGAGAUUGACCCCAGCAACAUGGGAUUCAACGAGACCGCUGCUCUCAUGGAGAUUGAUCAGGAGCUUCAGACACCCUCUGACCAGCGUUUGUUCGCUAUUGCCAACGCCAUGAAGUCUGGGUACACUGUUGACAAGAUCUGGGAACUGACCAACAUCGACAAGUGGUUCCUCAGCCGCCUCAAGUCACUGAGCAACUUCGAGAUCUCCAUGUCCAACUACAACACCUCAAGCAUCACUCUGCCUCUGCUCAAGAAGGCUAAGGCGCUCGGUUUCUCUGAUCGUCAGUUGGCCAAGUUCUGGGGGUCCAACGAGCUCGCUGUGCGCCGCGUGCGUGUUGACGCCGGCAUCUUCCCCUUCGUCAAGCAGAUCGACACUGUUGCUGCCGAGUUCCCAGCCCACACGAACUAUCUUUACUUGACGUACAACGGCACCGAGCACGACAUCGAGUUCAACGAUAAGGGCAUCAUGGUUCUUGGUUCCGGUGUCUACCGCAUUGGAUCCUCGGUCGAGUUCGAUUGGUGCUCUGUCCGAGCCAUCAGAACCCUUAGAGAGAAUGGGUUCAAGACUGUGAUGAUUAACUAUGUAAGCUAUUCCUCCCAAUCGCCAUUGGCGAAUAUCCCCCCGCUCAAUCAACGAUACCAUGAUGAGUAUACCCUUUGUGUGCCUAGAGGUAUUCAGUCGCAUUGCGUCAGCGUACUAGCAAAGGCUACAGCAACCUUUAUGGAGGCCUUUGAUUGGCUUUAG